CUGGACGUGUUAUUGCCAUAGGAUGCGAAAAUCCGAGCACAACGUAGAGGUAGAGAGUUCGAUGACAAAAAUCAGCAGCUUAGCCGAUGCAGCAUUCAUUCGUUUGUGGAUAUCGUGCGUGAUAAGAUCGGGGUGCGGUGAAGUGCAGUAAUCGUUUUUCUAAGCACAAAAUCGCAUUGCAAAUCGCGAGUGAGAACAUUUCCGGGCAACAUGGCAGCAACACAUCCACUGUACAAUGAGUACCAAACCAGUUACUACAAUUCUUGCUACAACUAUGCGCCAUUUGGACAGGAGCAGUUCAUUACAAACCAUUGUCCAUCGACACUACAGUACACGGAUAGUAACUCGAGUGUGCCGCAAGUACAGCAACUACAAACUUCGCAGUACGCACCGCCACAACAGCAGGAGAAUCAAUUCGCGCCAACGGCAUCUUCCGCGGCUAUCGGCUAUUCUUCGGCGGGACAAUAUUAUCCUGAUGGACAUUUCAGCUCAUACCAGUUCAAUGGCAGACAUCAGCAAGUGGAUCAGUGUGACAAUCAGUAUGAUAGUUACUAUGGCUAUCCAUACCAACCAUUAGCACAUCAGGCCGCGUAUGGAACACAGCAGCAGCAGCAGCUGCAGGCAGGCGAAUACUGGAUUCGAGCCAAUGAGAGCGCGUCUUCCAGCGUUGGAAUAAUGAGCUGCGGCAAGAUUGGUGAAGUUGCAAAAGAGCCAGCAAUGAAACGCAAAUACUCGGAGGAGGAUGGGAAACCGGCGGAGAAGGGGGCGGCUGGAGAGGCAAGCAACGCAACGGACUCUCCAGCGUUGCGGGCGCUUCUUACUAAUCCGGCUAAAAAACUCAAGUACAAUCCCCAUUACGCUAGCGGCGUAGCGAAGGAUACGGUGCGCCGGACAGCAACGACGAUGGGCUGCAAUAGUGGUAUCCUUUCUCCUGCUGCCAGUGACCGCAUCGUUCCUGACAUUGUGCCUCUAUCGCCGAACAAAACCGACGAUAGUAUCGACAGUCUGUUGGACAACACUUCCAAGCAUGGCGUUGAUACGACGCAGGGUGAAAACUACACACUACACAGUCUGGGACAGCCGGCCACACCGAACUAUGAUGGUGUAAGCACUCCGCCUCUUUCACCAAAGGACAUGGAAAGUGCAAUCUCAUCACACGGGCUAGCAGGACACGUUUGGAACCAAAAUGGUGAAUCGGAAGAUCAUCCUAAAGAGCCUUCCAAGCGGACCAGGCAAUCGUACUCCCGCCAUCAAACGCUUGAACUGGAAAAGGAGUUCCAUUUUAACCGGUACCUGAACCGAAGACGUCGCAUCGAGAUCGCGAAUACGCUGAAGCUGACCGAGAGGCAGAUCAAAAUUUGGUUCCAGAAUCGACGAAUGAAAGCCAAGAAGGACCAUUCCUCAUCGACAAAUACGCCGGACCUUGCAUUUGAUGGUGAGCUAUCGCAGCCGUCGACCGUGGGAUCGGGCGUAUUAGCACAGCCCCAGCUUCCGAUCGGUAACGAUUCGCGACCAGUGUCGUUGAUAACGCCACCUACCUCGAUGCAUCAGCUUAGCAGCCUUCAGCCUGAACAACAUCCGCUUAAUCAAUGGCCGUACCACCAUUCGCAUCACCACCCGCAGAACCACUACUAUUACUCGCAACAGUUGUCGGAUCACUCGCAACAUGGUUUUCAGAAUCAAAAUUCCAUUCCCAACGGACCAGCGUCUUACAACCAUCGGUCGUAUCAAUCGGCCGGUACCUAUAUUGCUUCGAGUUUUGUAUGAGAUAGUAACAGGCAUUUGCACCAACUAAGUUACCCAGCGAUCAUGUGAUGUGCCUUGGCAGUAAACUGUUGUAAGGAAGUAGAUGUAUGUAAUUGUAAACUAGCGCUUCUAUAUGUGAUAAUUAGUUUGAUAUGAGGAUUCCGAGAAGGUGACAGCACCAUUUGGUAUCAUAAAAUAAAUCACAAAACACAAAACA